AACUAUUGCGGUGCUUCUUGUGUUUCUUUUCUCCGAUUCGAAUACUGUACCUCGUCCCGCCGCUAGUAGCAGCGUUCGCCGAGAAGCGCAGAGAAGCUCGAGAAUUCGGCGCGCAGUCCGUUAGCUACUAGGAGGCAUCAUUGAUUAGUCGACUCAAAAGUCGGCUCGCAUCAUGCCCGUCACCGUUUCAAAAAUCAUGGCCUCCGUCCGACGACGACUCGGAGUCGUUCUCGUCUCUCCGCGCACGAGGCUUUCUUUAAGUAGUUCUAUCGCUGACAUUCGCCGCCGCCUCGAGAGCCCGCGCACCAGUGGCGGCAACGUGCGCAUGCGGCCGCGGCGCCGCCGGAAGCUCCACCGCCUGCGGCGCCGCCGGCGCCGGCGCGAGCUAGUGGGAGUGCCAUCGUUAGACGAGGAGGCGUGUGAUGACUUGGAGUUUCCGAGUCGCAAGGGUUCCGUGAGCCGUGAAGUGCGGCGUAUCAGUACUUCUAGUAGCCGUCCCGCAACGGCGGGGGAGAGCCCGCCGUGCGUCCCUGCCUCGUGCCCUAGUAUUAUUAUCUUCACAAGUACCAUUGCCGACCGUGGCCCUGUGAUGACCUUGUCGCUCGCAGAAAAGCCGACUGCUGCUGCUGUUGCUGCUGCUGCUGCAGCGGCGACACCACGCCCUGCCGCUGCUGCCACACCGGCGACGGGGCUCUUGAUAGACGCCGCGGCGCCGUGCGUUUCGGGGCGCCUCAUGGAAAUGCUCGCCCCUUGCUCCGACGCGCGCCUGAAGGCGCUCCGGAAUUCUGGAAAAGUCCUUGAAGUCUCGGAUUCUUGCGGCGCGCAAGAGAGUGCUGCUACUGGUGCUGCUGCUGCUGCUGCUGCUGCUGCUGGUGAUGGUGCCGGUGGGAUCGCUCCUCCGGAUCUAGCAGGCCGGUUAGAGACUGCAGGGCAUGCAGGGCCGCCGGAUGAAUCCGAUGGUGAGUCACAGCCGUUCGGGACGCCGGCUGGCGGCGACGCGGGGCUGGGGCGGCAAGGAGGCGCGGCAGAAUGGCGGGGCGGUGGAAGAAAAGGAGAGGCAGCGAGAUACGCGGAGGAGAGUUGGAGAUGUUUCGAUGAGAGAACCUACCUUGAUUCGACGGAAGCACUCCCAUCAGCACGCGUGCAAGCCCACACCCGCGCGUUUGGUCCUCGACUCUCCCAUCUCCCUCGCUCCACUCUCAUCUCCAUCACCACCUCCCUCCUCUCCCACCUCUCCCUCACACACCCCCUCAACAAUACCCUCAACAGCCCUCAUUCCUCUCCCCUCUCUGCUACCCUCUGCCCCGACCGCCUCCUCUCUCCCCCUUUACUCCCCUCCUCCCUUUCCUCCUCCCCCCUCUCCUCCCUCCAUGCCACAUCCACCCUCUCCUCUCUCCUCCGCUCCCUUCGCUCCUCCAACGCUCUCCCCUCACUGCGCCGCCUCUACUCCAUCCCUCUGCUCUCCCCUCCUCCUCCCUCCUCUCUCUCCUCCUCCCCGGCUUCUCACUCUCACCAUUCCCUCGAUCUGCUGCUUGCCCUCCGCCCUGCCAAGAGCAAGACACCUGGAACGAACCCGUCAGCUAUUUCAGCAUCAGCAUCAGCAACUUCGUUUUUACCCCCACCACCAGCAGCAGCAGCAACAUCACUACCAUCAUCUUCUUCCAAUAGCAGUGCCGCAGAUAGCUACACAAGGGGAAACUACAACAGCAGUAGCAGCUGCAGUGGCAGGGACACAGCAGAGUGUGGCAGUCCCUUCCUUGGGAUGCGCUAUCGGUGGGACUGGGACGUGAGAAACACUACAAGCAACAAAAUGAAUGGCAGGGAGAGCACCGUCACCAUGGAAAAAACAUGCAGCAGCAAGAGCAAGGAGUGCGGUGAGUGCAGAGGGCGAUACAGCAUGCUGAGAGGAGCCGAGGGGUUGGCUGGUACCUGCACAGUGGAACUCAUAGACCUGCAGAAAGGGGUAGGUGGGUCUUUGAAACAGGAAGCCGUUAUCGCUGCUUCCCUCCCCCUCCCUGCUGCCUCCGCCUCUCUCCAUAUCUCUCUCAGACUCGGCUCCUGCUUUCCCCUCUCCCUCCCUUUCGCCCUUCUCUCCUCCCAACCGUUUCAGCCAGUAUCCUCUUCCUCCGAAACCCCUACACUCCCAUCAGCUCCUUCACUCUCAUUAUCCCCUUCCCUUUCACCCACAUCAUCACCCCCCAGCCUCAAAGCGUCUGCCACCACCACUCUCACCUUCGACCUCCCCUCGCCCCUCCGCGCCCUCCUCCUCCCCCUCGCCUCGCACCCCCUCCUCCGCCCCCUCAACCUCCCCUCCUUGCACGCCCAGGCUUAUGUCACCACCUGCACCACUGUCGCUCCCCUGACUCUGCUACUGGGCCAAAUGGGCAUGGGUUGGGAUGGGGCACGGUUUGCGAGAGGUGCAAGGGGUUGGGGUGGUAGUGGUUCAGGUCUGGAUAGAGUUGGGAUGGGUGGGAAGGGGUUUGGAAGCAGGGGGGUAGGGGGAAUGGGUUUAGAGGGGGUGGAAAUGGGUGGUGGUGGGAGAUGUAGAGCGGUGAUUGGGGAACAGGGUGAGAGUGCAGAGAGGAGUGUGAGUGUGCAAGGAGAGGUGGGGGGAGUGAGGGGGACUUUAUCGAAUAAACACGUUGAGCCAUGGUGGAAGAGUGGAGCUGCUGGGUUUGCAAGGCAGCUUGUAGAGGGUAUGCGGUGUUCAGCUGGACUCGGGCUGGUGUGUCCCACAUCGUUUGGGAGAGUUGAGGUCAAUUACUGCUGGCCCAUUCACAUGCAUCCCGGAGACAGCCUUCUGAAGCACGGACUACAAUUCAGGUUCAAGUCACAGAUGUAAUUGAGUUCAACCCCUUUCCAUGAUGGCUUUCCACGACUAGAAAUGCCUAGUGGAAAAGUAGUUGUUUCUGUUGCAGCAAACCCAGCCAUAGUAGUAGAACUUGUUGUGAUAUAAUUGAUACUUAGCAUUUCUGUAAGUCGAUUAUGUGUAGUUAGUGUCGAAUCAUAC